CACCUGUAGUCCUACUUACUGCUUUAUAUGUCAGACAUUAUAAAAGGAAAAGUGAAGGCAGACAGGCUCUGUUGAGGCACUGGUCACUUGUCACAGUUCCAUCAGUCAUGGUUUCCUCAGCAUUCAUCCUGUGGGGUGUAACUGAAGGAUCAACAGAAGAGGCUGUUACUUGUACUGCCAUCAGUCUGCUGAGUGUCCUGCUGUUGUUUAAUAUGGAUCAAUAUCAGUUAUAUCCAGGUGUUGGAUUCAGAAUUGGAUAUCUGGCUCGGACAAUAGGAAGCACCACCAUCAUCAUAGCUGUAUGCACAGUUCCUGCCAUUGAGUCUUCAACAAAAUAUUCUGCAACCACAGCUGGGAAAGCAGCACUAGGAGUCUUUGUAGGUGGAUUUGUAGUUAUGAUGGUCUUUAUGGCUUUUAUACAAUUUUUCUUUUGGUUUUGGUACAACUUUACGCUCGAGACACUGAAGAAAAUACUAUGGGUCAUAUCUGUAUUUUUGAUAACUAUGGUUUUAGUUGCAACUGGUGUUGUUGUGUUUCUUGCCAAAAAUUUCUCUGAAGGAGCAGAAGCUGGAGCGUUUUUAACCCCCUUUAUAAUUCCAAUGAUCAUAUUUUUAAUCCCAUUUAUUGGGCUUGGGAUUCUUAUGAUUCAUAACCAAAGGAUACAAGUCGGAUUUUAUAGAUUCUUUCGUUUAUUCCGCAGUCUAAACAUGAUAUUUAAUAUCCAGAUCCUUACUCUUUAUGUCCAGCUUAUUGCCUGGAUGCAACGCACAUUUUUUCUGGGAUAUUUCAUCCCAGUUACAGUUGCUUCCUUGGGAAUAUGUGCGUGCUUUAUUGCCAAAAUAUUUCUACACUCAUUCAGGCAUUUCUAUCUGGCUCAGAAAAUACUUUUGGGGAUUUUAUUCUCACUGCACCUAAUUUUAAGUUUCCUGUAUAUAAGUCUGAUUUUAGAAAAUGACACAGAACGACCUGUAAAGAUCUGCAAGUUUAUGUUCAUCUACAUUCUGAUUGUCACAAACACUGAUGACUGGUAUCGGAAGAUGUAUCUUGCCAAACCCCGUAAAUAUGUAUAUUUCUCAGGGGCUCUUGGUCUCCCUCUCCUGAAUUCUGCUGCCCUGGCUGUAGCAUUAAAGCUCAAAGCAGACACAGGGAAACAGCCAUUGGAUCUACGGCUGAUUGUCCUGAUUUCUGGGUCUGUCUUCCUGUUUGGCUGGUUUGUUAUACAGAUGUCUGCAUACUAUUUGGCAAGAAAAGAAAUAUUCAAAAAAGUGUUCGCCCAACUUCAGAGACUCAAAGAUCCUGAGCCAGACCAGCCCGAGCUUAUCCAGGAGCGGCUGGAUCUCUUGCAACAUGCCAAAUGGUGCCACCAUUACAAGCAGCACUACAGGGAGGAGUGGUCGUGCUCCAGGUCCCACUGCGACACCAUGAGGAAGGUCCUGAAGCACAUGACCCACUGCAAGGCCGGCACGUCCUGCCAGGUGAAGCACUGCGCUUCCUCCCGCCGGAUCAUCUCAGAGUGGGAGAUGGAGGGCAACAAAUGGAGGUACAAGGGAUCACAUGACAAUAAGGAGAUGGAGCCAUUAUCACCUGCUGAUCACAAUGAGCCAAACACAGAGGUUACAGAGGAGAGCAGCACUGAAAUCUGAUGGAUUCUAACCACACUGUGUUGUUGUCAGAUUGCCUACAGACUUAAGUUUCCAAGUCCUGUUGUAUAACCAAGCUGGUCAGAUGAACAGUCACCAGAUUAUCAAUGAUCUGUUACAGUUCAUUUCAUUUGACUUGAAAGACUUUUCUGGGUAGCAGAUGGACAUUUGCUUGUACAGACUGGCAUGGAAAAGUGUAUCUGCAAAGACUCAUGAGCUCCGUUAUGCUCAUUCUGACUCUUGAUGAUUCCUGUAAUUACUAUGUUCUCUUUGAUUAUUGAUGGUGUCUUUGCUCAGAACAUGGAGCAAACAAGCCGUGGGCAUGACUUUGUGGGUCCUGCAUCAUGUUUUUGGGUCUUAUGUACUUUAUAUGAUUUCAUGUAAAGCUUGAAAGUGAUAAAUUCAAAGAAAUUCAGUGUUUGCUGUUAGAUUAAGUUUAAACAAUCUUAAGCUAUUUGGUGCUGCCAUACUGAGUAUAUUUGUAAGGCUGUCGGCUGUUGACCUGAAUGUCUUCUCUGUAAUGGGUGUGUUGUGUGGAAACCUUCAGGUUUUUUGGGAUCCACAAUCUCCCAGCACCUAAAGUGGGCGGCCAACAUAGACACAAUUGUCAAAAAGACCCAGCAGAGGAUGUACUUCCUGCUCUAACUCAGGAAGUUCAACCUGCCUCAGGAGCUGCUGAUCCAGCUCUACUCUGCAAUAAUCCAGGCUCUUCUCUGCACAUCCAUCACAGUCUGGUUUUGUUCAGCCACCAAAUGGGACAGGAAGACACUAAAACUGACAGUCAGGACUGCAGAAAAAAAUCACUGGUGCUGACCUACCCUCCAUUCAGGACUUAUACUAUACAUGCCCAGAGUCAGGAAACGGGCAGGCAGAAUCACUGGAGACCCAUCAAGCCCUGGUCAUAACCGAUUGGAACCCCUCCCCUCUGGCAAGCGCUACAGAGCACUGUACGCCAAAACAACCAGACACAUCAACAGUUUCUUUCCACAGGCCAUCACUCUGAUGAACACUUAAGUGUCAAGGACAAUACAGACAAUACUGCAGUAUCUACUAUAUACUAUCCACUGUACCUCAUGAAUAUAUAUCAACCAGCAUGUUGCACUAUGACCUUCUGGCUUAAGUCUCUUCUGUACAAACUCUUUAAUUGAUCAUUGUUUGUAGUCCCCUUUUUUAUGUCCUCUUUAAGUAAAGUAAA